CAUGUUGGUUUAUGAGUGUCACGAACAAACUCGUGUGUAACGGUAGACGCGCAAGUUACCUUGCUAACGUUACAUCAAAAUAGAUCACCCCUAGCUGCAUGUUUUAAGAAGUAGUUUGACCCUACGUUGUCUAUUCUACUGAGUAUUCGUAACCAGAAAAAUAUAGCUGGCUAGUUAGCUAACUUAAACAGCGUUUACCCCGGGAAGGAAAAACAAAAACUCUGGAAAUGGUAAUGGAGGGGCUAUCUCUGCUGGAUACCCUCUCUGUGUUGAAAUGGUUUUGACAUGCACUGCUCCACUGGCCCUUGGAGGACAGGUUUUGGCAGGCAAAGCCUGUGAACAAGAACACUGUGAUUGCACUAAAGACAUUUCAUUUAAAUUAAUUUAACCUUUUUUUAUUAAAAAAGAAAACAAAAAACCAAACACUACACACUGUGAACCAGUUUUUACCUUUGAGCGAGUUAGCACGCAAACCGCUAACAUGCCGAGUUCGGCGAUUCGACGUCAGGUGAAGAACAUUGUGAACAACUACUCCGAGGCGGAGAAGAAGGUGAGGGAGGCCACCUCCAACGACUCCUGGGGGCCGUCCAGCUCGCUCAUGUCGGAGAUUGCGGACCUGACCUACAACGUGGUGGCCUUCUCCGAAAUCAUGGGCAUGAUCUGGAGGCGCCUCAACGACCACGGCAAGAACUGGCGGCACGUCUACAAGGCCCUGACACUGCUGGAUUACCUGAUCAAGACGGGCUCGGAGCGCACGGCCCUGCAGUGCAAGGAGAACAUCUUCACCAUCCAGACCCUCAAGGACUUCCAGCACAUCGACCGUGAUGGCAAGGACCAGGGCGUGAACGUGCGGGAGAAGUCCAAGCAGCUGGUGGCCCUGCUGAAGGACGACGAGCGGCUGAAGGGAGAGCGCUCCCAGGCCCUGAAGACCAAGGAGCGCAUGGCCCAGGUGGCCACCGGCCUCAGCAGCAGCAACCAGAUCAGUUUCGGCCGAGGCUCCAGCCAGCCCAACCUGUCGACCAGCUACUCCGAGGAGUACGGCAAGUCUGGGGGUUCACCGGCGUCCUACCAUGGCUCCACUUCUCCGCACGCGUCCUCAGAGCUGGAGCAGGCCCGGCCCCAGACCAGCGGGGAGGAGGAGCUGCAGCUGCAGCUGGCCCUGGCCAUGAGCAGAGAGGCCGCUGAACAGGAGGACAGGAUGCGGCGGGGGGAUGACCUCCGGCUCCAGAUGGCUCUUGAGGAGAGCAAGAAAGGGCCUGCCCCAGCAACAGUAGCCAAGAAGAAAAAAGAGCCGGCGCUGAUGGAUCUGAUGGACACAGUGCCCGAAGGCCCAGUGGAUCAGGCUUCAGACCCCUGGGGCGCUGCAGCUCCAGACCCCUGGCAGUUACCUGCUCCACCUGUGGAUCCAUGGGGGCCGUCUGUUUCCGCAGCCACGCCCGAAAAAUGUGCCGAACCGUGGGGACCCUCUGCUGGCUCUGCUCCUGUGGCACAACCUGUUCCUGACCCCUGGGCAUCCUGCCCCAAGGCAUCUGCCACUGAAGGUAACUUUGAUCCCUUUAGUACACUGAAUGGGAGCUCCAGGGAUGACUUCUCGGACUUUGACUGCCUUCGAUCUUCCAAUGUGACAGGCAAAGCCACAGGAAGCUCCAGUUUGCCUUCACGGCCCAAUGCUUCUGCCAGCCCAGACUUAAUGGACCUGAAGUUGGAAAGCUCCCCGCAGAACGGUACAGGCAGCAGUUCCCGAAAAACUCCAGAGUCUUUCCUCGGCACCAAUGCUGCACUGGUCAACUUGGAAUCUCUGGUCAGCAAGCCACCACAGCCCGCUAUUGUGUCCAACCCCUUCUUAUCAGCAGGCGCUGCUCCGGCACCCGUACCGCAGAUCAACCCUUUCCAGGUGAACCUGCCUCAGCCCCCCACCCUCAACCAACUGAGGGUGAGCCCCAUGAUGAGUCUGGGCAGCCAGGCUUUCGGCGCCUCGCCCCCCUUGAGCCUCGAUCCCCUGGCUCUCUCAAUGCCUCCCCUGGGGACUAUCGCCAUGGCGCCCAUGCCAGGCGUCCCCACCAUGGCACCUAUGGGCAUGAUGAUGCCCGCCAUGGGCAUCCCACAGCCCCUCAUGAGCACAGGGCUGCCCCCUGCAGCCUCCACCGCACAGACUGGCAGCACAACCAACCCCUUCCUCUUGUGAGAAACUGUGAUUUUUACUAACCGGAGACAAGCGCCCCUACAUAGCACGACUACCCGGUGACCUUUUAUCUUUUCAGAUUGGUGUGCUGUUUUAUCGCAACUCGUUUGAGUAGCUGCAGUGUUUACAGAUUUUAAUUGGCAGACAAUUCUCUCCACUCUCCUUUCACUGGUCGUAGGUACCCUGCAUCGAUUUCCGUUCUUUCUACACUUCUGACAUUCAUUUUGCAGUUGCUGUGUGUAACCCUAUCGCCGUGAAACAGAUUAGCCGUCUCUUGAUAAGGCAGCAGUUCAAGGGCACAAAAUUUACGGCCUUCUUUAUCCAGGAUUUGAGAAUGUGAAUUGUGCUCCAUUUUAUUUUCUUAUUUUAUGUCUUUAACCAACGUAUUCACUCAAACUUUACUUUACUUUUUAUGCAUACAUUACCCAAAUGUUUUACAUGAUUGUAUGAACACUGUAUUAUGACAUGCAAAAGUAUACCCAGGCUAGGGGAUUCAUACACAUACAACAUUUGGAGUGUCAUGAACAGAAAGUUUGCACAUGGCUUGAGUGCUUUGACUGCAGGUUCACCAUGUGUCCUUAGCUGAAUAGAAGCAACAAUCAGCUGUGCUUAAUGGAGCUACAUCCGCUAUGAGCAUAAAAAAAACUACAAGAAAAUGUCUGUGCUUUUGGACAUUGAGAAGUCUGCACUUUGUCACUGGUUCCAGUCUUGCCACAUUAGAGGAAGAACCUCGUGAUUUCAGAUAUAUAGGUUUUUAGGAACUUUAGGGAAGUGGUGCAUCUUGGGGUGACAAUGUUUUUUAUAGCUACUAGUUUAAGAUACUUUGGGGGAAUGUUCACUCAUUCAGGGGUCAUAGUGCUCACUCUUUGCACAUCUCUUAUAGUGAAACUCCUUUGCCCUUCUCUCUUAGGUCAGAUUGUUACAAAGAAAUAUCCAACAAUCUUCCAUUUUGUGAGUGGAUCUUAAUUAUUCACAUAUAAAAUGUGUUAAAUGUCAAAAAGGAACAAAGGGAACCAGGGAAUAUAAAUGUGACAUCAAAUAGUGUUACUGCUGUAUCCUGUUACUGAAAUAACAUCACGAACAGUAUUACUCCUCUUAGCCGUUUGCUCUGCAAUUUUCUAUGCAUUUCAAUCAAUUGUAAAGCCUUUAAGAAGCAAUGAACUUGCUUGUUUAGGAACUGUCCAGAUAUGCACAUAUGCUGACAUUCUGCACAUAUGCCCUGCGGCAGUGCUGUAGGUGGGGGGAUUCCACGGUGAUCUACAAAAACUCAAUUAAUGCGGUCAGAACAUUUCCGUCACAGGCAAUUGCUUAGACGGCUUUUUGGCGAAGUGGCAUCAUUAUAGCACAGCAGCAGCUCUGUAGAUGAUCAAGUCUGUAAAAGCACUCGCUCUGUACCUAUACAGUACUCACCAGUAUGGUUGCAGUGGUAACUUUGAUGUGAUCCAACCAUCUGUUCAGUAUCAGGUGGAAACUAGGUUCUCUCCUUGCUAGUUUUAUUCACAUCCCAUGAUUUUCAGAGAUACGCUUAUGUUACAUAUAUAGGUCAAUUGUUUUUACAUUGUAGAAUAGACUGCAGCUAGAAUGUAAUUCUCUUCGGUGAGAGGAAUAGUGUUUAGGGUCACAUGACUUUAUUAGUUGUCAGAACAAGCCCAACUUCCAAACUACUGGAAGAAAUGGAUGUGGAAUUAAUAGACCUCGAUAGGGGACUAGGUUUAGGGAAUAUUAACAUGGUUUUGAAAAUAUAUUUUCAGAAUGAGAUUUUCAGAAAUAUUAUUACCAAAGUCUGUACAAACAAUCUAUUGAAAUGGGAUUUGUGAGAUUAGACCUGUUUGCAUUACAAUGUUGAUUCUAAGACACGAAGCUCCGUUUAUUAUUUGAAAUCGCCAACCUGCCUUUUUUUUUAUUUUAUUUUUUAGAAGACAGUUGUUGGCCAGUGCCCUCUGCUGGAAUUUUAGUAAAGCAGUGUGUAUAGAGCUUUGUUACAAACCCUUGGUGUACUCGUGUAAUAGUUAUGAUACCCACAUAACCAAGGCAUAUACUCAGGCAUAAAUGGGGAGGGAUGCUUUAAAACGGUUUCAAGAACUUUGAUCUUAUUUUAGGGAUGGGGUGUACAUGUGAUUCUGCAUAAAACGGUAGCAGAAAAAAAUGUUUAUGCUCAAACUAAAUUUUAACUACAUACAUUAUCUAGCUCAACUUGUCAGUUGCUUUUUCACUGUGUUUGUACUUUUCUUGCAUUCUGUUCGUGUACUCAUUCAUUUACUGUGGUCUAACGUUUUCAUUGUGAAGCAUAAUCUAUUUUUUCACGUUAUCGUAUUUGUAUAUUUACAACGUUUUUCAUAUUGUGGGGAGCAGGCUGCUUUUUGUGGAUAUGUGCCCAACUUGUUGACAUAACUGUAUCAUUAAUUUAUCAUUUGUAAUUUGUAAAACACUGUUCUGUAUCUUAUUUUUAUGUAAUGGGUUUAGGAGGAAAUUUACAGGAAAUCUCAUUUUAACAGCAGCAAAUGAUAAGCUAUUUGCUGCAAGAAUUAAAAUGUAUUACAUAUAUUUUGCUUGCAGAUAUUUUAUAAUGCUGUCAAUAACAAAUAUUCAUGUGUCAGCAAGAAUAAAUAUGUAUUGCAAGCAGAGCUGUGGAUUUAAUACCGUAGUUGGAUUUUUCUAUGGGACUGUAAUGUGACUGGUUAUGCAGACCUGAGAUUUGGAUUUGGUGAUGAGUGAAAGUGUGUUACUACAUAAAAGGAACAAACAGUUUAUGAAAGAAGAGUAAUUUAAUUGUAAUAAAUAUCAAAAGUAUAUAAAAAAAUGAUGUAUUCUUGACUACAAUAAAGGUACAUGCAUAUUUA